UCCAAACACUCACUAAACCAAAAAACAAAAGAAGAAGCUAACAGAGAAAAUGAAGCUUUCCUACUUCCUCCACGGCCUAAUAAAUUUUACCAUCCCUCUUCUUCUGGCGCCGAUGAUCCAUCGCUGCAAUGCAUCAGCAGCAGCUGCAGAUCCUACCGUCGGCUUCACAGAGAUCCCACUGAACCAAUCGAACUUGGUCCUGCAAAAGCCAUACGACGUCCCUCUCCACCAGCGAUACAGCUUCGUCGGCGGCGUUCACCGGAUGUGGGUCUACGCCGACGACAAGCCUCACCAUCCCACCAGCCGGACCCAGCCGCGCACCGAAAUCCGCAUCACUGGGUUGGACUACUCGUCAGGAGUAUGGCAGUUCGAAGGGCACGGUUUCGUCCCCAACGGAACGUCGGGAGCCACAGUAGCACAGAUUCACGGCGCGAGCCAUGGCGCCACCACAUUGAUUCUGAGAGUCUACGCGCCGGGAGAAAUGAGGUUCUACAGCUACCCUCAAGUGGCCGACGGACUCUAUGACCGGUGGUUCCGGCUGAACAUCAUCCACGACGUCGACCGUGGCAUGGUGACCGUGUUCUUGGACGGCGAGCAGAAGUUCCAGCACCACGACCAAGGCCCAGGCGACUUGUACUUCAAAUGUGGCGUCUAUGCAGCUCCUGCUAAUAUCAGCUAUUACAUGGAGUCCAGGUGGAGAGACAUCAAAAUCUAUAGAAAGUUGUAACUUCAAUGUCAUCAAGAAUAGGAAUGAGAAAGCAGGUUUCUUUUAGAUUUUACAGAACCAAUCAAGCUAUCAGGAAAGCAAUAAACACUAUAUGAGGUUAUAUAAUAUACCCUCUACCACCAG